UGCAACCAAGGGGGAACCACCCGAAGCCCAGGCGAUGCCAUCUUCAGGGCCUGCGCGCCCGAGGCCCCUGCACUGCUCCUGCCCUGGGCAGAGGCCGCUGCUGGGCGCCCAGCGGCGACCAGGAAGGUCGGAGGGAGGGUGCGCUCCUCCUGCCCCACACCCAGUCUCUGAGCCGGAUAUAUAGAGUCACGUUUGGGAGCCCCGAGAGCAGCGGCGCGGUUCAGAACAGCUUGAGAGCCUCCAGCAUCCCUGGGAGGACCCUGACCGCCAGCCGCCCGGCGAGCCACCGUCACUGAAGCAGCAGGACCCUCUUCCCAGAACCAUAUAAGAAAAACAGAGGAAUCAUGUCCAUGAUCGCAGCUUACUACAGCAACAAGUCCCUCCUCAUCACAGGGGCCACGGGCUUCCUGGGCAAGGUGUUGAUGGAGAAGCUGUUCCGCACCAGCCCCCAUCUGAAAGUCAUUUACAUCCUUGUGAGACCCAAGUCUGGACAAACUCUGCAGGAGAGGGUUUUCCAGAUUCUCAACAGUAAGCUGUUUGAGAAAGUCAAAGAAGUCUGUCCAAAUGUGCAUGAGAAGAUCAGACCCAUCUCUGCAGACCUCAACCAGCGCGACUUAGCCAUCAGCAAGGAGGACAUGCAGGAACUUCUGUCUUGCACCAAUAUUAUCUUCCACUGUGCGGCUACUGUACGCUUCGAUGCUCAUCUGAGAGAAGCUGUGCAGCUGAAUGUCACCGCCACCCAGCAGCUCCUGCUGAUGGCCAGCCAGAUGCCAAAGCUUGAAGCCUUCAUCCACAUCUCUACCGCCUUUUCUAACUGCAACCUGAGCCACAUAGAUGAGGUCAUCUACCCAUGCCCUGUGGAGCCAAGAAAGAUCAUUGACUCCAUGGAAUGGCUAGAUGACUCUAUCAUUGACGAGAUCACUCCCAAGCUGAUCGGGGACCGGCCCAAUACGUACACCUACACCAAAGCCUUGGGAGAGAUGGUGAUACAGCAAGAGAGUGGAAACCUGAAUGUGGCUAUUGUCAGGCCGUCCAUAGUGGGAGCAACCUGGCAGGAGCCUUUCCCGGGUUGGGUUGAUAAUUUAAACGGACCCAGUGGACUCAUUAUUGCGACGGGGAAAGGAUUUCUUCGGUCCAUAAAAGCUACUCCCAUGGCAGUGGCAGACCUGAUUCCAGUGGACACAGUGGUCAAUCUCACCAUAGCGGUGGGAUGGUAUACUGCAGUUCACAGACCUAAAUCAACAUUAAUCUACCAUUCCACAUCUGGGAAUCUCAAUCCCUGUAACUGGUAUGAAAUGGGAUUACAGGUCUUAGCGACCAUAGAAAAGAUUCCGUUUGAGAGUGCUUUCAGAAGGCCAAACGCUGACUUCACCACCAACAACUUCACCACUUAUUAUUGGAACACUGUCAGUCACCGAUUCCCAGCCAUCAUCUAUGACUUCUAUUUGAGGCUUACUGGAAGGAAACCCAGGAUGAUGAAGCUCAUGAACCGACUCCUGAAAACCACUUCCAUGCUGGAGUAUUUCAUCAACCGCAGUUGGGAAUGGAGCACAAACAACACAGAAAUGCUUCUGUCAGAGCUGAGUCCUGAAGACCAGAGAGUAUUCAACUUCGAUGUGCGCCAGCUGAACUGGCUUGAAUACAUUGAAAAUUACGUUUUGGGGGUUAAGAAGUAUCUACUGAAAGAGGAUCUGGCUGGUAUUCCCAAAGCAAAGCAACACCUAAAAAGGCUCCGAAACACCUACUACCUCUUUAACACCGCCCUGUUCCUGAUCAUCUGGCGCCUCCUCAUCGCAAGGUCUCAGAUGGCUCGGAACAUCUGGUUCUUCAUUGUGAGCUUCUGUUAUAAGUUCAUCUCCUACUUUAGGGCCUCAAGCACACUCAAGGCCUAAGAACAUUGCACCAGCCCAUCAUCUGGAACCUCAGAUACCUCUCAGGCAGGAAACUGUGUCUUAAACUAGGACGUAACAAGAAGCACACCCAAGCUUCCAGCCAAACCUACCGUUCCAUCUUCUUUCCUACUUCUUCACUGUAUUUUUUUUUUAAUUUGGUUCAGUGCGAACGAAAGUCAACCUCUAACUGCAUACAUGUACAAAAACCUGACUUCCAAAGUAUGUCUUAACGCCACCACUCUACACAUCACACACAGAGCAUGCGAUCACCCCUUUCCCUAUACUUAGCUUUCCCUUCCUGACACAAGUAACUUCAACUAUGAAGUUAUGGACAAACAUGGCAGACACCUAAGCAGCCUAGAGAGAGGCAGUACCAAUCGGGGAAGCAUGCUCAGCACCAAAGUAAAAGCUUCCAAACACGGUGAGCGGAGGAAGGCAGCUCAACACCCUCACAGUGCCAUAGAAGUAGCCCGCUAUCUUAAACACUAGAGUCCCGGUUGAGUUGAGGUGGAGAAAGCAGGCUCAGAGUCUGCUGUUUCUCACCUGGGUCAAUAUCUUAACCCUAAGAGGAACAAAUGGUAUAGAUAAUCACACACGAAAUAUGAACUUAACUGUACAUGCAUCAGGAAUUUGAAGUACUUCAAAGUUUAUAGAUUCUUAUAAUUCAGACAUCCCUUAGCCUAAGCCAUUCUGAUCACCAUUGUCCUGGAAACCCUCUCACGCUCCUCCUCAUUUACUGAUGUUGCCAAAGCCCUAUUUAAGUGUACUUCACUCAGGCAUCAGUCAGGAGGGCUGUGGGGAGAGGGACGUUCCUAGAUCAGAACCAUGGAAACCCUCCGACCUUUGCCAGUAAGGAAAGCAAAAUUUCAAAUAAAAUUUUAAGUUCUAGUUUUCGUCUUUGUGUGCGGAGCUGGAAAGAGCAAGUUCCUGUAGCCCCUGAGGCCGAUGUACCUCCGUCAUCCCAGUCACACAUUAACUGUGGGGUGUACAGAGCUCAAAAACAUAAAGUGAAGUUUUUGCUUAAGUAUUUUAGAUACAAAUAAAAACCUCUAUACAUUCACAAAUCCUCAUAUUCAUAAGUUGUCACCCCAGGUGUGCUCAUAUUUGAGAUCUGGACAUGCAGGACUGCAGGAUCUCUGCAUGCUAAAAACAUGAAGUAUCCAAAUGAGGCAUUUGGGACCUAAAAAGUAACUGUCACACAAGCUUCUGAAAACUACACACACGUAUUUGAUAUGUGGAUGCUUGCAUUCUGGUGGCUCAAGUGUGCCCAGUACUGAGCUUCAUUGGCUUCUUGAGGAACAUGUUCGGAGAGCCCUUUCUGGUAUGGCUCCUGCAAGUCAGAACAAAGCACCUGUGGGUGUCCUGUGUGAGAAAGCUGCAAGAUACUUCUGAGUUACAUGAAAGACCCAAGGUAUGGAUACAAUAAAUAUAGCACUGGAUUUAAAAAACAGUUCUAAAAAUUCACUACUGAAUUUCAUCAUUCCAAGAAC